AUGGAGAGCAUGGCGAAGGGAAGGCAGCGGCUCUCGGACAUCACCAACACCACGAACCAUGUGCAGAAGACGGCGAGAACGCUAGCUUGUCAAGAAAACCUGAAUCUGGGCCCUCUUCCUCAGACCAAGGACUGCAUUGCCGAGCUGCUGAAGGUGCUCCACUCCUCUCAACCAGACAGUCCAUCUGCAAUUUCUCCCUGAUUCUUACUCUCCUUCUCCUGGAUCUUCCUUGAUUUUACUUCCUUUGGAUCUUUGAAGGAAAACACGGCGUUAUUGAGGCUUCUGGGGGAGAGAAAGUAAUGAACAUUGCGACCAACUGGAUCGAUCGGCAGAGAUUCUUUCCAGCUUUCUUUAUUUCUUUCUUUCUUUCUUUCUUUUCUAAUUUCGUGGGUUGCAAUGGAUUGCCAUGGAUUGUCUAUCUUGCAGCAAGAUCAUUGAGCUGAAUGCCUUGGAACUGCAGAAACUCCAAGUCUCCUGCCAGCAAUUGCAGCAGCAGAACUGUCAGCUUGCUAAGGCGAACACUCUGAUGCUGGCGGUUUGUUCUCAUACUCCCUAGAUGCCAUCUUCAUCCUCGUGAAUCCCUUAAAGAAAUCGUUUCGGAGACGGACUCAAUCUUUGCUUUCUGGCAGGAGUUCAACUUGGGAAAAGACAGGGUAAUCUGUCCUCUCAUCCCUUCGAAUCGUUCCUCCGUCUGCCGUUUUCUCCUUCUCAUUUCUCACCGGAGAGUGAUGACUGUUCAUGUCAACCAACAGCUGAAGGUACUCCAGCACGAGCUUGGAUGCACAGUAGCAACUCUCAAAAGAACGAAGCUAGAACUCGAGGUUACUGUUCCGAUGAUCAUGAUCAAUGGAGUUUUGCUCUCACCUGUUCUGAAAGUAGUAGCACAAAUUUGACUGUGUUGACAGGAGAAGAAGAAAUUGGGUCAAGAUGUUGCCGUGAAAACCACCUUCAAGGUAUCAUAAUUUGAGCAAUUUCAGUAAAGUUCUAGCCGUGAAUCAUACUUGCCUCCGGUUCUUCAUUAGCGAUGCUGCUUGUUUCCCACAAAUUACCUUCUUGAAGGGGGAGCCAUCGUCCAUCAACUGUGAGGAGGGUGCGGUGGAGACACUACAUCAAGUCGGCGAGAAGGCGGCCUGUAACCCCAAGAGGAAACACGCGUCGAGACUCUACUGUAAUCACAAACCACCGAUUUGUGUCCUGGAGACUCGCAUGCUCUCUUGA